AUGCUUGACUGCCUUUCUUUAAUUCUCGUGGUCGCGGUUAAAGUUUUCAAAAAAACUACUCCGAAUGGAAAAGUCACUGUUUACCUCGGUAAGCGGGACUUCAUUGAUCAUGUGGAUUACUGCGAUCCCAUCGACGGAGUUGUGGUUGUUGACACGGAAUAUCUGAAAGGAAGGAAAGUUUACAGCCAGCUCGUCACUACCUACCGAUUCGGUAGGGAGGAAGAUGAAGUCAUGGGUGUGAAGUUUACCAAGGAAAUGGUUAUUGGCCAAGAACAAGUGGUACCUUUGAUCAACUCGAAGAUGGAACUGACACCGGUGCAGGAGAAACUGCUAAAAAAACUUGGACCCAACGCCUUCCCCUUCACCUUUAACUUCCCUGAGAUGUCACCAAGCUCGGUAACACUGCAACCAGCUGAGGAAGAUCAAGGUAAGCCAAUGGGCGUCGAAUACUGUGUCCGUACCUACGUGGCUGAAAGUGAAGACCAGAAGAGCCACAAGAGGAGCUCUGUAACUCUUGCUAUCAAGAAGCUGCAACAUGCCCCAGCGUCUCGUGGUCGCCGGCUUCCAAGCUCCCUCGUGAGCAAAGGCUUCACUUUCAGCAAUGGAAAGAUCAGCCUUGAGGUCACUUUGGAUAAGGAAAUCUAUUACCACGGAGAGAAGAUUGCUGCUAACUUAAUCGUUUCAAACAACUCUCGUAAAUCUGUACGAAACAUUCGCUGCAUGGUCGUACAGCAUGUUGAAAUUACUAUGAUCAACUCUCAGUUCAGUCGCCACGUUGCUUCCUUAGAGAGCCGUGAGGGCUGCCCUGUUACACCUGGAGCUAGCUUGUCCAAGACCUUCUACCUAGUUCCACUGGCACGCAGUAACAAGGACAUCCGCGGAGUUGCUCUGGACGGACACUUGAAAGAAGACGACGUGAACUUGGCGAGCUCGACUCUUGUCUGUGAUGGCAAAUGUCCUGCUGACGCGAUUGGUAUUGUCGUAUCUUACUCUGUCCGCGUUAAACUGAACUGUGGAACUCUUGGCGGUGAAUUGGUGACCGAUGUACCUUUCAAGUUGUUGCAUCCCGCCGAAGGCUCUACCGAACGCCAGCGUUUCAACGCUAUGAAAAAGAUGCAAUCUAUUGAGAGACACCGUUAUGAGAACUCUCUUUAUGCUAAUGAGGAGGAAGACAAUAUUGUAUUCGAGGACUUCGCCCGUCUCAGGAUGAACGAGCCAGAAUAA